AGUCGUAGCGCAGCGUGUGGAGCACAACUCACAUAACCCGGUGUGUCUGCAGGUGGAGCUGGGAUAAGGUCAUUUCAUUCAUUGUUUUAACUCUGUUAACAAGAACAGCGUAGAGGAGUGAACCGACUGGAGGACAAAGAUGGUGUUUCUGACCUUGUCUUGUUGGAUCAGGAACCGUGGACCCGACAGAUACUGGAAAGUCCAAGCACUUCUCAAACAUGCACGGCACUUCAGAGGCAGGAAGAACCGCUGCUACAGUCUGGCCGUGCGGGCUGUCAGGAGGGCUUUCGUCUACGCCACUAAAGCUCGGAAGCUCAAGAAACGGAACAUGAGGACGCUCUGGAUCUCUCGCAUCGCAGCAGCGUCACGGGAGCACGGCAUGAAGUAUCCUGCCCUCAUGCACAACCUCACAAAGAGCAGCGUUCAGCUCAACCGUCGUGUUAUCAGCGAUCUGGCCAUCACAGAACCUCGGUCAUUCCUCUCGCUUGCGAAACUAGCGCAGGCUCGGCAACAAGAAGGCUUUCGUGCAGCUUUGGGUGACGGCAGCGAGCCUCCUGGUGUCCUCUCCCGCGUUGUCAUGCUGCAGUGAAGGACUUUCCAUGAUUAUGGAUUUCCACUUGCUGUGUGGUUAUAUACAUAAAAACAAAAAAAAUGGCGUUCUUGGAUUCUUGAGAUGUUAAUUACACAGUCAACCCGACACACCCUCACCUACUUUACAGUUGUUACUUCACCUGUGUUCCCUUCACGUAAGCUUUACCUUGAGACCAGCGGCUGGCCAGCAUGUCUGAUGGAAAAGCUGUUGUCUUGUGGGGAGGAGUUUUACUUUCUGACGACAAAGUGGUCAAUUCUAUGAUGCAAUACUGGACCUGUGUCUGAUGAGAGUGAGCCGCUCAUUGGUAGUUUGUUAGUGAAGUUUUAAACAGUUGCCAACACACGACAAUGUCUCUGCAGUAAAUAGGGAAAUAAUACAUUACUUAAGGACACUCCAGUAGGACCGAUGAUUACUGUUGCAGUGCCUUGAUCCCCGGCCUUUUCAGGACAGCUCCUCUGUUCUCUACGCUACCGUGUACCCACGCUGUGAUUCUGUUAUCCAGAAGCAAAGAUCUGACACAUUUAAAUGAUUUUCCCUACUCAUAAGGCCCUUGGUAUUUAUCAUCGCCCACUGCUGUUGUGAAUCCAAAAUAUUCUUGAAAUUGUACAUGAUCUUAAUCCAGGACGGCAGCAGACGUUAAACGACACAGCAAAUGUUUAUUCUUCAAUCCUGUGUGUCGCUGCAGCGUUGCCGACAAAAUGCUCCUCAGCAGCCCUCCUGGUUCCCUCCUGUAUCGUGAAAGAGGAUCAUCAGCCUCCAUAACCCUGUGUACAUGAUAUGCACCCUUAAGUUAUGAUUUGACGCUGUUGAAUUGUGUUUCCUGGAGAUUGGAUUAUUUUCCGUCUCUAUGUAAAUAUAUAUUUGAUCAUUUCUUGUGAUAAAGUUGUUGUCUAAAUGUUUAGUUCAUUAAACAUUUUGAUAUUUA